AUGGGUGUCCUCGACUUCGUCCGUGGUCGCAAUGACUCUCAUCUUGCUGAGGCCGUCGUCUCGUCUGACGAUCCUCAGCCCAAGCAUGAGGCCGGUGUCUCUCAGGACCAUGUCGCGACCGACUCCGACACUCUGAGCCUCGAGGCCCAGAAUGAGAAGGAGAUCGAAGCUCACCCUGGUGAGGUCACCCAGUAUGCAGACAUCGGUGUCAAGAAGGCAGAGGCUGCUGCGCUGGUGUGGAGCAAGAAGGCUGUCUACGCGACCUAUGCUUGGAUCUGGGUGUGCUUCUUUAUGCUGGCCCUGCAACAGUCGAUUGGCACCAACGUGCUCUACUACGCUUACUCGAACUUCAAGACCGCUCCCGCUGUCAAUACCGCCAACAUCCUGGCGACAAUCAUCGGUGGUGUCCUCAAGCUGCCUAUUGCCAAAACCCUCAAUUUGUGGGGUCGUGCUGAAGGCUUUCUCCUCUUCGUAGGUAUCUACCUUUUGGGCAUUAUCGUUCUCGCUGCGUGCAACGGCCCCAAUGGUUACGCCGCGGGAUAUGUCUUGUACUGGAUCGGCUACGACGCCAUCUACUUGAUCCUGGACGUCUUCAUGGCGGACACGUCGGGCCUUCGCAACCGUGCGUUCGCCUUUGGCUUUGCCAGCACCCCGUUCAUCUGCACCGCUUUUACCGGCCCGUUGGCGGCCCAGUCGUUCCUGGCCAUGACCAGCUGGCGCUGGGCCUACGGCGCCUUUGCCAUUAUCAUGCCCUUUGUCUUCGUACCCCUCGCGGUUGUUUUCAAGUUCUAUCAGAAAAAGGCCGAGAGCAUGGGUCUGUACCGCAGGGAGCCCAGUGGCCGGACGGUGCUUCAGUCCAUCAUCCACUACAUCCAUGAGUUCGACAUUAUUUGGCGCCUUCUUGCUCAUGGCCGCGUUUAUCCUGUUUCUCUUGCCAUUCAGCUUGCAGACCUACGGGCGAGCUGCCUACCACAGCGCCACCUUCAUCGCCAUGGUCGUCAUCGGCUUCUGCCUUUUCUUUGUGUUUGCGGCCUGGGAAAGGUUCUUUGCACGCACCCACUUUGUGCGCUGGGAACUCUUCAAACAGCGCACUGUGCUGGGCGCCUGCUGUCUGGCGGCUGUCGUCUACUUCAGCUUCUACGCAUGGGACCAGUACUUCUAUUACUUUGUGAUGGUGGUCUACAAUCUGGACACGGCCAUGACCGGGUACAUGACCCAGAUCUACAACGUCGGCUCCUGCUUCUGGUCUGUGGUCUUUGGGCUGUGGGUGCGCUACACCAAGCACUUCAAGUACACCUGUCUGUUCUUCGGCCUGCCGCUCCUGCUGCUGGGGGCUGGCCUGAUGAUUCAUUUCCGGGGCCAAGACGACGACAUUGGCUACAUCAUCAUGUGUCAGAUCUUCAUCGCCUUUGCCGGCGGCACCCUGGUAAUUGGGGAGCAAAUGGCAGUCAUGGCGGCUGCAGACCGCAUGGGUGUGCCAAUGAUGCUGUCGCUCCUGUAUCUGUCCAGCAGUAUCGGGGGAUCCAUCGGUUCUGCUGUGUCUGGAGCCAUCUAUUCGGGGACCUUCCUGGAAGGCCUCAACCAGAAACUCCCGGAAAGCGCCAAGGGGGAUGCGGCAACCAUCUACGCAGGGGGGUACCUCGCACAGAUGAAAUACCCGGUCGGUUCUCCGGUGCGAGACGCGAUCAACUAUGCGUGGGGGUACAGCCAGAAAUACAACAGCAUUGCCGCGACGGCGGUCCUGGCGCUGGGGAUUCCCGCAAUUGCUAUCUGGAAGAACUACCGCGUCGACAAGAAGCAGAACAAGGGGGUGAUGAUGUAA